AUGGAAGGAUACGACUACAUCAUUAUUGGCGCUGGCAUUGGUGGUCUUUGUUUGGCUAGCCGUCUGACUGAAGAUGCCUCCAAUAAGGUCCUUCUCAUUGAGGCUGGUGCCAAUCGCAUUGGUGAUCCGCGUAUUGAUACCCCUGGAUAUCUGGCCACGCUGUAUGGUGAUGCCGACUAUGAUUGGGAUUAUAUGAGUAUUCCUCAGCCCCACGCAAACAACCGACAGAUAGCUCAGCCCCGUGGCCGUGUUGUUGGUGGCACCAGUGCCAUGAACUUCUCCGUGAACACCUACCCUCUUAACUCCAAUUUUGAUGCAUGGAAGGAUCUGGGCAAUGAAGGCUGGGGUGCUAAAGAUCUCGCUCCCUACAUUCGCAAGUACCAGAAGUUCACUCCUGCCAGCAAGACUUCGGAGGAGAUCAUUGAUUCUUCUCGUUACACCAAUGUUGACAACCAAGGGGCUGAAGGUCCUAUCCCCGUUUCCUUCCCAGAGGUAUAUGGACCGUUCAAUAAAGCCUGGGAUGAGACUUUUAAGGAGUUGGGCUGGGAGACAAAUGAUGAUCCCAUCGAUGGCAAGAAGCUUGGUGCUUUCACCCCCGCCCUAAGCAUUGACUCCAAGCUGGGUAAGAGAGGAUACGCUGCAGAUUACUAUACCGCUGAGGUUGCCGCACGGUCAAAUCUGACUUUGCUCGCGGAGACCCUGGUUGAGAAAAUUCUCCUCGUCAAAGAAGACGGAAGUGUCGUUGCCAAGGGCGUGCAGGUCAAGACCAAGGACAGCACUUACGAGAUCGCCGCAAAGAAGGAAGUUCUCCUCUGUGGAGGAAGUCUUAACUCCCCUCAGCUGCUUGAACUCUCCGGUAUUGGCAACAAGGAUCUUCUCCAGAAGCACGGUAUCCCAGUGAUCAUCGAAAACCCGGCUGUGGGUGAGAACCUGCAAGAUCACGCCCUCACCAGUCUCAACCUCGAGAUCGCCGAUGGCCAGGUCUCGGGUGAUAUCAUGCGCGACCCGAACGUCGUCCAGGCACUUGUCAAACUAUACGCUGAGACAAAUGGAGGUCCUCUGGCAGGUAUGCCCAUCAGCUUGGCAUACCUCCCUCUCGUGGACGGACGAUCAGAGGCUAAAGGCGUCGUCUCCAAGGAAGAGAUCGAAAAGCUCAUUGCCGCAUACCCCGAUAGCGACGACAUCUCACCUGGCCUGAAACUGCAAUAUAACCGCUUGCGCGAAAUGCUCCUCGACACCGAGGACGCGUCGCUGCAGUAUCUCUUCUUGCCCGCCCAGCUGCACAUGAAGCCCGGCAAGACAACUCUGCCCGACGUGCUGACCAAGACUCUGUCCGGAAGCUACGUUUCCAUCAUGAUGCUGAACAGCCACCCAUUCUCGCGUGGAUCCGUCCACAUCGUCUCUGCAAAGGCCGAUGAGAAGCCUGUAUACGACCCUAACUAUCUCUCGCACCCCAUUGACCUGGAGGUGAUGGCCCGACACAUGCAGUUCGCGGGUCGCGUCGCUUCAACCGGAGCAUUUGCCGGUCUCCUCAAGGCCGGGAAGCAUCAGCCUGAGCACGCAAAUGACCUGAGCAACUUAGAUAACGUCAAGGAACUUGUGAAGGAGCGCUUGUAUACCUGUUUCCACCCAGUCGGAACCUGUUCCAUGCUACCAAAGGAGAGUGGAGGUGUUGUCGACACGAACCUGAAGGUUUACGGAACCAAGAACUUGAGAGUUGUUGAUGCUAGUAUCAUGCCUCUUGAGAUCACUGGAAAUAUCCAGUCUGGUAUUUAUGCAGUUGCUGAACGGGCCGCUGAUUUGAUCAAGGGCGUGAUCUAG